UAGCUGAACCUGAACGGCUAGAGUUACGGUAACGAAGAAGAUAAGAGAAGCCUGUGAUGAAAACACGCGUCACCCAAGUAAUCAGUGUUUUGAAGAGAUUUCUCGAACAUUCCACAGAAUUCUCCAGACUCUGAGAAGAAACAUCAUGAAUCCGCCGUUUUUAAGACCAAACUCUUGUAAUCUUCAACUAAGAACUAUCAUAAUAAAUCCAGAAGAAACAGAGCAAAUUUCAUUUUUUCUGAACAAUAUAUCAAUAAGAAUCAGGAAAAGUGAAGAAGCGAAAGAGAGAAGAAGAAGAAGGUCGGAUGGGAGUGGAUUACUACAAAGUCCUCCAAGUUGAUCGCAACGCAAGCGACGAUGAUCUUAAGAAAGCUUAUCGUAAACUCGCCAUGAAAUGGCAUCCCGACAAAAAUCCCAACAACAAAAAAGACGCCGAAGCUAUGUUCAAACAAAUCUCCGAAGCUUACGAGGUACUAAGUGAUCCUCAAAAGAAAGCUGUGUAUGAUCAAUAUGGUGAAGAAGGUUUGAAAGGGAAUGUGCCACCUCCAGAUGCUGGUGGAGCUACUUAUUUCUCUACCGGGGAUGGUCCAACGUCUUUCCGGUUCAACCCGAGAAAUGCGGAUGAUAUAUUUGCUGAGUUCUUUGGGUUCUCUAGUCCAUUUGGUGGUGCUGGCGGAAGAGGUGGUACAAGAUUCUCUAGCAGCAUGUUUGGUGAUGAUAUAUUUGCUUCUUUCAGCGAAGGAGGAGGCGGUGGUGGUGGCUCAAUGCAUCACGGUGGAGCUAGGAAGGCUGCUCCUAUCGAAAAUAAGUUGCCUUGUAGCCUUGAAGAUCUUUACAAAGGAACCACCAAGAAGAUGAGGAUCUCUAGGGAGAUUGCUGAUGUCAGUGGCAAGACAAUGCAAGUGGAAGAGAUUUUGACCAUUGAUGUGAAACCAGGGUGGAAGAAAGGCACAAAGAUCACAUUCCCUGAGAAAGGCAAUGAGCAACCCGGUGUGAUUCCAGCGGAUUUAGUCUUCAUCAUCGACGAGAAGCCUCACCCGGUUUUCACUCGAGAGGGUAACGACCUCGUAGUCACACAGAAGAUCUCACUUGUUGAGGCCUUGACAGGCUACACAGUGAACCUGACUACACUUGAUGGUCGAAGACUGACAAUCCCAGUCACCAACGUGAUUCAUCCUGAGUAUGAGGAAGUGGUUCCAAAGGAAGGAAUGCCAUUGCAGAAAGACCAGACUAAAAAAGGAAACUUGAGGAUCAAAUUCAACAUCAAGUUUCCUACAAGGUUAACCUCAGAGCAGAAGACAGGAGUGAAGAAGCUUCUCGGCUAAAUUGAGUUAUAAUUAGAAGAUUCCGGACAAGGGGAUGUAAACAGAAGAAGAACAUCAAAGCUUCUUUAUAUCAUGUUGGAGAUGGCAGAGAUUGUGAUUAAAUACUGUUAAGACCUUUUUGAUCGAUUUGUAACAUAUGUGCGAUUGGAUACAUCCUAAUAAAUUUGUUGCUUUCUCUAUAAUCAAAACGCUUCUAAA